GUAUGAGGUACAUAAUAGGGGCAGCUCCUGCAGGCCUGCAGGGACUCAGGGGUGGUCUAAAGCUCCGCCGCCGACCCUCGUCAUACCUAGAGUCUGUACAUAGACGCUGGCUGGACUUACAUGAUAAAGAAGCAUCAACAUCCAUCCCGACUAGCAAACCGGACAGACCACCGACCACCCCUCACCCCUUACCCCUCAUCACAUAACUUCUGCACGCCAUGAGGUAAAAUCAAGGCAAAGAAGAAAAAAAAAAUAUGGAGUCAAUCGACCCGGCUACUGGCCGAACGCUGCCACCCGAUGCCAUCCAGAGAGUGCUGUUCGUAGCGAGCCCCGUGCAUGUCUACAACAUCCCGCCCAUGACGCCCGGGAAGGGACAUGUCGCGGCGACCUGGACGGGAGAGGGCAGCAAUGACCGACAGAUCUUCACGGCGCGCAUGCGCGUCAUCGAGACUGCUAUUCCCGUGCCCGGCAACAACACCGACGGCGACGGCGACGGCGAUGGUGACGGCGACGAGCAGGUGAAGACGGAUAUCAUCCUCGAGGACGCCAGCACGGGCCAGCUAUUUGCCGCGGCACCGUACACGGCCGCCGCCGUCGUCGAGCCCGUCUCCGACAGCUCGCGGUUCUUCGCGCUGCGCGUGCAGGACGACGCCGGCCGCAAGGCCAGUCUCGGCAUCGGCUUCGAGGAGCGCAGCGAGGCCUUCGACUUCGGCGUGUCCUUGCAGGAGGCCCAGAAGACGCUCGGCUGGAGCAGCCAGGCCGGGGGCCCGGCCGGGAAGAAGCCGGCCGUCGAGCGGAAAGACAGCGCCGAGAAGCGCGAUCUCAGCCUGAAAGAAGGCGAGACGAUUACGGUCAACUUACCCGGAAGAUUCGGCAGACGGAAGCCAGAGCCGCCCCCUCAGGGCUCGGGCAGUGAGGGUCUAUCGUCGUUCUCGUUACCUCCGCCGCCGUCUUCGGCAUCACCUGCUUCGGCGCCUCGCGGUUCGGGAAUACUUCCGCCCCCACCAACUUCGCACAGCAGCACGCGCGCAAAGCGAUUGUCGGCGCAGGAUUUAGGGUUUGACAACGGCAAGUUUGGAGAAUUUGCAUGAAGCACUGGACUUGGGUAGCUUGAACGAAAGUUUAUUACUGGAUAGCUUACGACGGGGGGGGGGAUACACUAUCGGUGAUAGUCUUACUCUCGGGACGAAGU